UACAACACAGAUCACUUCAUAUACACAGAUCACUUCACUCCAUCGCUUUUCCAUCGACUGCUGAUCUUACUAAAAACUAGUUCGUUGGUGAUGGGGCGCCGCAGCAGCAGCAGCAGCAAGACCGAGGCCGGAAGCGAGCAGCACCGCAAGGAGGAGAAGCACCACAAGCACAUGGAACAGCUCGCCCAGCUCGGCGCCGUUGCCGCCGGAGCAUACGCGCUGCACGAGAAGCAUAAGGCGAAGAAGGACCCGGAGAAUGCCCGGUCGCACAGGGUCAAGGAGGAGAUCGCCGCCACUGUCGCCGUGGGCAGCGCUGGUUUCGCCUUCCAUGAGCACCACAAGAAGAAAGAUGCCAAGAAGCACGGCCGCCAUUGAUCUUGGCACAUAUAUAUAUAUACCAUGAUUAGGCGGCAGCACUCUAGCUACUUAUAUGGUUACGAGGUUUCCAUUGUUAUCUUUUUCCACGGUGUGUUAUUCUUCACUAUAUGUACGUCUGUUCUAUUGUAUAUGCACUCUUUUUAUUAAUUACCUAAAAGUUGCUGCC